CGGGCACGCGGCGCUCGCUUUCCUCCAUGCCGGGUAGGUCGGACUUGCUCGCCUGUUCGCUGGUAGCCAGGAGACCGGCGUUGGUUGAAAAUCACCCUCGGCGCCGGCCGUGGCCGUGGGUGAGAUUCGGCGCCCAGAGUCUUCAGGGGCCUCAGCUCGCCGCCCACUACCCGUGUGGGAGGGCAAAACCCAGGCCCCGACAGCCCCGCUGCGGCCACUCGCGCGGUCAGGCUUCUGGCCAGCGGUUCCUGACCCCAUCUUCUCUUCGCAGGACUCCGGAUCGCCCCCCACCUGAGACCGACGUCGCCAGGACCUUGGGGGUGGGCGGGAGGGCUCGGUGAUGCCCGACUUCCAAAUAAAGCUGCCUAGUCCGUCGCGUGUGGAUGUUCUUGGGGUCCCUCCUGUCUGCUUGGAAAAUAGUGCGUGCUGUGGCGGGGCCAGCCCUCGUAGGGCGUCUUUUCCCGGGCUAGCCAAACUGCUUUCGAACACGACAAAGGUGGCAUUUGGGAGGCACGUGACCCCUAAGUAUCAGCCAGGUUGGGACCCCUGGUCUGUCUGCUGUGCCACACCGGAAGGCAGAGUCCUCAGCUAAGCUUCCCAAGUCUCUGGAAUUACAGGCAUGCACCAGAGUGCCCAGCAUUUGGCCACCUAGCCUUAGAUGAACUUCUAUUACACCGGUGCUCAACCUGCAAGAACGUGUAUCUCUAGAUAUUUUCUCAGGUCUGCACAGAUGAUAAACACUGGGAGGGAACUGGCAGGUGCUCUACCACUGAGCCACAACCCCAGCUCUGGAUCAGAGUUUUGAUUGGCCUGAGCUGGACAAUGCCACUGUGAUGUCGGCCCGCACAUGCUGUGAAAUGGAGGCUCCUGAGCCCUGGGCAUCAGUGGAGCUGCCGUCCAGAUACAGAGAUCAUGAGUGGCGGGUAUGAUCUCAACCUCUUUGCCAGCCCUCCUGACUGCAACUUCCUGUGCUCCGUCUGCCAUGGGGUUCUCAAGAGGCCAGUAAGGUUGCCAUGUAGCCACAUCUUCUGCAAAAAGUGCAUCCUCCGGUGGCUAGCCAGACAAAACACCUGUCCAUGCUGCAGGAAAGAGGUGAAGAGGAAAAAGAUGGUCCAUGUAAAUAAACUCCGGAAAACCAUUGGCCGCCUAGAAGUCAAGUGCAAGAACGCUGAGGCUGGCUGUUUGGUGACGUGCCCCCUGGCCCAUCGCAAGGGGCAUCAGGACUCGUGCCCAUUCGAGCUGAUGGCCUGCCCCAACGAAGGCUGCGCUGCACGAGUGCCACGUGGGGACCUAGCUGAGCACCAGCAGCACUGCCAGCAAGGCGGUGAGCAGCUCUGCCUCUUGGGCUGCGGGACCACGCUGGGCCCAGCCGAACGUGCACACCACAACUGCUACCGAGAGCUACGUGAGGCCUGGAGCGAGCGCCAGGAGCGCAGCCGGACUCUGCUGCUAAGCCUGCUGCGGCGCGUGCGCCGGGUGCACCGCACCACCAACCUCAUCCGCCGACAACUGGCCCAACUAGGCAACUUCCUGGAGGAGGAUGAUGCCCUGCUCCUGGGCACCGUGCAGGAGGAGACUGAGGCCACCCCGGUGGGCAGUACUGAGGCUGAGAUGUGGGGGGCACAGGGCCAGCGUGCCUUGUAAAUACAAGGGCAAAUAAACGCGAAGCCCAGGCCGGGCCCAUCUCACCGCUUCUGUGCCUGC